AUGUUCAGAUCCAAGCCCCUAGCCAGACGAUACGCAGAAGAGCUAUCCGCUGCCUACAGACGAGGAUACCCGCUUUUUGACCCUCAACCUGAUUCUUCACAGGGGUCCGCGCGGCCAGUUGAGAUAGGCGACGUCGGUUACGUCAACCCCGUCCACGGUUACUUCGUCACCCUCUUCAACAUCCACCUCGACCCUGGCAUCGAUGGACAGCCCUCGCGAGACCAACUCCCUGAUAAUUUUGAGCCACUGCCUAGGGGUGGGGUUCGCGAAUGUCGCACUCGAGGGAUGCAUCUGUUUAUAUCGACCACAAUCAAUGCCCCAGAAGUGAAUGCGUCGGUACCAGCUGGACCGUUCUUCGGAGGAUUUGCUGAAUUCUCAACGUCUAACAAACACGGUGCUAUAUUAGCUACACCCGACCCCCUCAUUCUGUCUUCGGAUAGCCUCUCCGAUAGACGUUUCGAAGAGUACUUCGAAGCACGAGUCCGAAACUGGGAGCGCUUUCUUGCUGCAAAGGCACCCGGAAGAGUCGAAUUAGAGGAGCUCAUGUUGAUCACCGGCGUCGAUCGCACUACGUCUUGGGCAAACGCAGCUUUCAGCGAUACGGCACUCAAGGUUGGGUUUGGUUUAGAGGUCCAGUUUGUCCCAGGCGCUGAGAUAGCAUGCCGGUACACCUGGCGCAAUUCAACCAGAGCAUUUACCAAAUUUGGCCCCAACCCCACUAUAUCGGAUUUUGCGGGGGCAUCAUCUAUAUUUCCUGCCCGAGAUAUCCAUCCUGGUGUACAGCCGGAGCCCUCCGAUGACCACAGUGUUGAGAGGAGACCGGUAAACUCCGAACUCAAUCAAACCAUAUUCGUCAGACAUCUUCGCUGCAAACGACGGUGGAAUCUAUUGCUGUGGACGUGGAGGCGCAGAGGAUUGACCUCACGCGCGGAGAGUGACGGUACUGAUGAGGACAUGGCGGAUGAGGUUUUGGAGGAUGGUCCAUCUCUGCGCAGCGACGCAGACAGCGAGUACAUGACGGCCAACGAGGAUGUCAAUCUCGAUGAUUCCUUGGAGAUCACUUCAUCUCUAGAGCAUGAAGAUUUUACAGAUCACCUUGAACCAGUCCUUGAUUAUAUUCUGCAGCACUCAGACACUGCUGACAUAGCUAUCGCACGUCACAAGGAUCUGGACCUUCUACGUCAGGGAACUCCCCCGGAAGUUUGCGAUGCAACCAUCGAGAAUAGGGUUGCUAUGAUAGAGUUGCCUUCUGAAGUUGGUUUCCCUUUUUCUGGUUACGUCGCCAAAUCUCUUGACCCUGGUCAGGCGGAGAGACUAUUCAACAUCUAUACUCGCAGCGACGACUGCCGCGCCAUCAACAUCCACUUCCAUCCGAUGGACAAUAGCUACCGUCGCUUGAUCACGAACCCGGACGAGACGGAGUCGCCGUUGUUCGAUAGCCCCAUCUGUUACAAGACCGACAACAAGGGAGCUGUUGUACCGCAGACUGUCUGGAUGCCUCUGCAGCGGGGAGACGUACAGCGACAUACUGACGAUGCAGGACUCGUCCCACCCAUCUACUUCAUUGGAAUAGAUCAUGGCAUAGGCAUCAAAGCGUCACAGGUCCUGGAUGCCAACAUCAGAGCCCCUCCAGGCAUAACCCAUCCCACCGUACCGGCACCCCUCGGCGGGCGGGCUAACACUCACUUAUGCCUCAAGUGGCCUGGUUACGAUGAGUUCAAGAAACAGGUGGAGCUUAGAAACGCUUCAGGUUCACCCAUCACGAUGUAUAAGCUCGUUGAGCGAAGUGCCAACUUUGUGCAGCGUUUUAUUCAGGAGAUGGCUGAUCAGCCAAUCCAGGGAGGGCAGGAGCCGUGGCGCGUAGGUCCUGGGUUCAUCACCGCAGAGAACAUAUACGUCGUAGGACUCAUGCAGGUUUCGAGGGGUGUUUGGCAACCUAUUCUGCAGCUUGACCAUUUCAACACGCUUCCCUAG